UGCAAACUCGCUCAGAUCGCACCGAGCUCGGCCUUGAUGAUCAUGGAAUGAAUUAAUAUAUUCGACUGAUGGCCGAGCAAGUCGCGAGAGCUGGAAAGAGCAGCGCUGGAAAGCACCUAUCACAGGAAAUCAGUGAUGCCUUACGAGAGCGCCGCUGGACCGAGGCUUCCACUCUGCUGGCCGACCUCUCAAAAAGCGCCGCUCGCAACGUCAAGCUCGGCUCGCUGCAGCGCUGGACGCGCGACGCCGACGCCUGCGUCGACGACGACAAGGCUCAGUGGCGGGCGCUGCUGUGGCUGCUCUGCAGAGUUGCCGCCGGUGAAGCCGCCGACGCGCCGACGGGCGACGUGCCGCUGCGGCGGUCGGUCUUCGCCGCGCUGCCGCGCGCCGAGGCCUCCGACCCGACGCCGGUCUGCGAGACACCCGCGAAGCCCGCCUACGUCUGCGCGCGCGAGAAGGCGGCGAAGCGCACGCCGCCGAACAAAUAUGAUUUGACGAUCUGGGCGCAGACGGAGUCCGUGCUCGACGGCGCCGCGACCGCGACGCGCGUCGACGUGCCGGCCGUGCCCGGCGCCUUCCUCGUGCGCGACGUCUUCUCGCCGACGGAGUCCGGCCGCUUGCUGGCCCUCGCGGCGACGCUCGGCUACGAGCGGGACGAGCCCCUCGACGCCGCGGCGCGGUCGCGCCUCGAGGCGGCCCGGACGACGACGAGCGCCUUCGCGUGUCUAGACGAGGACAGCGACGCGACGACGGAGGCGGAGGAGGAGGCACAACCGGCGGCCGACGUGCUCCUGACGGACCACUCGCUCCGGAGCCGCGCGUGCGUCGUGGUCGUGGACGAUCGCACGCACGACGCGGUUUUUGAAAGGCUCCGAGCACAUUUACCGGCCGAGCUCGAGGACUGCUGCGACGCGAAAGGUAGAAGGCGGGGCGUCGGGAAAUUGGUUGGCUUGAAUAGAAGGUGGCGCUUCUACCGGUACGACGCGGGCGGCACGUACCGGCCGCACGUCGACGGCGCGUGGCCCGGGUCCAGUGUGACAGGCUCGCGCGACCGGCCGCGCUACGAGUACGACGCCUUCGGGGACCGGCUCUCGCGGCUGACGAUGCUCGUCUACCUGAAUGAUGAUUUUGAGGGCGGCGAGACGGCCUUCUUUAGCGCUGGUGAUGAUUCAAUUGACGUGACGGCCGUGCAGCCGCUGCGGGGCGCGGUGCUCUUCUUCCCGCACGGCGAGACGACGGGGUCGCUGAUCCACGAGGGGUCCUCGGUGACGGCGCGGCUCAAGUUCGUGGUCCGGACGGAGGUGCUCUACACGUACCCCGUGGACGCUCCGGCGCCGCGCGUUUCUGCGCCUCGUGAGAAGAAGAAGGGGGGUCGGCGGCGGCGGGCGUAAGAUGAACUGU